AUUUUACUUAGUUGGCCAUUAUUGUAAUUUUGCUAUGACGUCAUAGAGAAAUUUUAGCGUUUGUUUUUGGGAAUUAAUUUUACAUUCAUUUAAAGACUUUGACGACGAAAGAAAAGAUUCUUAUACUCGACGAUGUCUCGAACAGAUAUUAAUAUUAUUUAUGCUCCAUUGAAGCGGAAAAGGGGGUACACAGACUUGACAAAACAAUACGUUAAAAUUGAUAUAGAGACACCUAGCGGAUUUGAUGAAAAGGAAAUUGAUCAAAAUACCACAACAAAAGAAGAUACUUAUGACGUCACCAAAACAAGACGUCAUAGAUUACAUCGUAAGAAGCAAACAACUAAUUUAAGAGAAGGAGGUGAAGUAAUGACGUCAUCUGGAGACAGAGACGCGAAGACGAAAGAUAUUACGUCAUAUUCGGAACAUCACCACGAGGGGACACAUACUGCCUGUCAAAAAAACUCCGGUGAAGGUUUUAAAAUCAAUACAAAAAAAAUAUGA